CUGAAAGAUCCAAAAGCUGGUUUGUUUCAACACUAACUGAAUCUAGCAGCUAGCACACAGUACUAUCGUCGUUGUCAAUAAGCAAGAACAUUGUAGAGUGAUGGAGGUUGGAAAGAAGAAGAUGCUCAAGUCUUUGAUCUCAAAGGUCAUAAAGGGUCUUCCGUUAUUCUUGGCACCCAAUGGAGCGCGUACGAGAAGGGUUUGCUAUGUGAGUGACAUUGACGAGGAAAACGAAAACGCGACAUGGGUGCCGGAAGAUGUUAAGGAAGGACAUUUUGCUGUUAUUGCAAUGCAUGGUGAAGAGACCAAAAGGUUCGUUGUUGAGUUGGAUUAUUUAACUGAUCCUGCUUUCUUGAAGCUUCUGGAGCAAGCUCGUGAAGAGUAUGGGUUUCGACAGAAGGGUGCACUUGCAGUUCCUUGCAGCCCUGAAGAACUUCAGAAGAUUAUAGAGAAUAAACGACUCAAUUAGCAAACACUCUGUCAAUAUGUGUUGAGCUGUUACACAGAUCUAUUCACACUUUUCUUUUUCUUUUUUUUUUUCAAACAUUUAGCAAAGGUUUGACAUCUAAUUAUAAAAUGGAUGGCUUUACCUUUUGCCAUUGCCAAUACUCUUUUUUUCUUUUUUCAAUGUAGCUUGAACAUAUGACAUUGUUUGUGUGAUGAUUUUAUUCCACAAAUAUUACAGAAAGGAAAAUAUAUACGA